CCGCCGCUGCGCACAGCAUGGCCGGCUUCGCCGAUCUGAACCUCCCGCAGGGGCCGGACAAGAAGUCCCUGCAGAGCCUGCUGGAGGCCGCAGCGCACUUGGGAUAUUCUGCAGUUGCUCUUAACCAUGUCAUCGAUUUUAAAGAAAAGAAACAGGAAAUCAUCAAGCCAGUAUCUCCUUCAGAGUUGUUUCCAUCUUUGCCUAUUGUACAAGGGACAUCUAAAAGAAUUAAAGUCUUAACCCGGCUAACACUUGUUGUUUCUGAUCCUUCCCACUGUAAUCUCUUGAGAUCAACAUCUGCAAAUAUAAGGUUAUAUGACAUCAUAGCAGUAUUUCCGAAGACUGAGAAACUGUUCCAUAUCGCUUGCACAACUCUAGAUGUGGAUCUGGUAUGCAUAAAUGUAACAGAGAAGCUGCCAUUCUACUUCCGAAGGCCCCCUGUGAAUAUGGCAAUAGAUCGAGGCAUUUACUUUGAACUUCUUUACACGCCUGCCAUCAAAGACUCCACAAUGAGAAGAUACACAAUUUCAAAUGCGAUCAGCCUGAUGCAGAUCUGCAAAGGAAAGAACAUUGUUAUAUCUAGUGCAGCUGAAAGGCCCCUAGAACUACGAGGUCCUUACGACGUGGCUAAUCUAGGUUUGCUGUUUGGCCUGUCAGAAAGCGAAGCCAAGGCAGCCGUGUCUACCAACUGCAGAGCCACCAUGCUUCAUGGAGAAACUCGGAAGAGUGCCUGUGGGGUAGUGUACACGGUGAAGAAGCCUCGCAAGGUUGAGGAGGAAGAAACAACACUGCCAGCCUGCAAAAAAGCUAAGACUCAAGCUUGAGGACUGAACCAAUUGUCAACAGGAGCCUCCAUCCCAUCUUUACCCAGUGUUGAGUCUUCCCCCACCCUUCAGCCAGCCCAGUUCCUCCCUUACUACUUUAUUUAGCCUGGAGAAGAAUUAUUCUUCUGGUGUUCAAGUGAGGAAAGCUGUGGGAAUGAGUCUGCUGAAUGGUAGUUCACCACAUCUGAAAGGUCACGCUGGGCUUCUGGCAACGGUCAGGAGACCAUCUCUCCACCCUGUCUUAGGUCUUCUGGAGUUAGUGCAAACUCAACAUUUCUAACGUGGAAAUCUUUGGUUGUACAAGUGCAUUCCUUUUUUAUUAAAAAUGUUUCUAAGAAUGCAUGCUUUCAAAGUUUAGCUCUUAUGGUUUCUCAAGUUUUAAAUACAUCUGUCUACUAAACCUUACAACCACAAGCCAGUAGAUGAAGUUUACCUUCAGUGGCCUUUGAAGAAUAAUGGUGCAGUAAAAAAAUAUUCUGCUUCCCAUUCUGUUUCGUGAUCAAUGCCUAUAAAGAAGAUCCCAGCAUUUGUUCACUUGCUAGGACUGACUGACCUCACCUGCUAGACACACAUCCCAAAGGCCAUCCCUGUCCUGCAGCUCUUAAAACCAAACAGUAACAUGAGAUGGUUACCACAGAUGGGAAGGAAGAGCCCAAGGUUACACUGAACGUGUGCUCAGCAUGGUAUGUUGCAGUCGCAGCAAAACAGCUGUCUCACCUUGGCCUGAGCGAUCUCCACGUCACAUCGUUUUUACUGCAUCAUUUCAUUCUUUAUGUCCUGGUCUGGCAGUGUUGUCUAUGAGAGCGUUCAUUUUGCUGCCUCCUGCCUUUCCGUUUUCCUUCCUGUUAAUGCAUCAGUAAACCUAAUCUGGCUGCCAAAAAAGCAAUCAUAACAGAUUUAUAAUCAGCAGAGCAUUUUUAGAGCUCUUCUGAAUGUUGACUGAAGUUUUUCUUUGGAUUAAACCAAUAUAAAAAUUAUGUAAGCUACUGUACUCAAAGAUACUCUUGAGCCAGCUUUACUGUGAGUAUUCCAGUUCUCUAUUUGCAUCUGACAACAAGUUGAGAAGUGGAAGUUAUAGCACGUAAAAUAUUGCAGAAAUCUUGCAGUGGAUCAUCUGAGCUUUUAGUAAGUGGAUUGAGCAAAAUAGAUGAAGUUCUCGGUAGACUAACAGUUCUAUAUAAUGCUGGUGUAAGUCACAACAGCUUUUGCUUCAUUCAACAAAUAAUGAAAUAUUUUUCCUUUAUGUUAUUUUACUUGUUGACUUUCUGUGGUUUGAGUCUGUUUUAUUCUAGGUAUUGGGAUGUAAUAUAUAUAGAUACAGUACUUUGUCAUUUAUGGACUUGCCUCCAAAAUGAUCCUCUAACCAGGGAAGAAGCAGAAAUGUGUUUGGUGCAGUUUUCUGAAUGACACAUUAUCUUGCUUGGCCAGAGAAUAACCUAUCUUGAGCAUGAGAGAGAUUAUUUGGUAACUAGCUUAUAGAAAGCAUAGGGAGGCUUUUGAAUGCUAGAGAUCCUUCUUGCUACUUGUUUGACUUUAUUUAAAAAAUGUACAGUCUACAUCUUUGCCCUUUAAGUAGAUACAGUGCUUCAGGAGCUGAUGGAAAAGUUUCUUCCCCAUUUUCCUGAAGCGCAUUGUUCUGGCCACUUCGGUGCCUGAACAAUUGAACUGCUGCUCAGUUAGGAUGAUAAACAAACUGAGUUAGCCAGCACUGAUGUCAUUUCUAUUUCCUGCAAGGCAUGCUCCCGGUGUCUGGGUAAUUGUGCAGAAACAAGUAGUGAAGUAGUGGCUUGCAGAGAAGGGCAGCGAGCAGAGGUGUGCUGUAAUUUUUAUGGAGAAGAGUGUGUUCGCAAAUAAAGCCUACGGCUGGCAAGGCGACACUCACGAGUUAUGGCGCUUGUGUGAGAAAAGUCUCAUCUGUCUAAAGCUGUUGGCCUCAGUCUAGGACAGCUGGCUGCAGACAGAAUAGGCGUUUCUUCUGCUUGCGCCUUUGUGGGGUGUCUGUAAAUUCACUUAGUCUCCAAAAUUGGCACUCCAGCAACAACUAUUCAUCGCUGCCCACUCCUGACCCCACCUCAUUGCCCAGGAUGUUGUUUUGGCCAGACUGUAAAGCCUGCUGGCUAGAAGCCGAAUGACAGGGGGUUCGUGAUGGUGUAUGGGAGCCUGUGGCGUAUUUCGCUGGGAGGGCGUGGGAUUUUAACUGAAUGCAGUGUGUAAUGUCCCAAUGAAGUGCGACAUUGAUGCCCCUGCUGGCGGUACUGGUAAGAUUGUUCUGCCUUUGCUAAAGCAGAGGGAGAGGUGCCUACCUUUCCUAGCAGGACUCAGCAUCUCCCUUGGCUUCUCGGAUAACCGAAGCUGCCUCAUGUGCUCCACGUAGUAAGUACUGACUUGCUGGGAAACUGAGAUUUUUAAAUCAAACUCAGUAAUAAAACUAUAACUUUGUUUUAUUAGCUACUCAAGUACUGUCUUUCCGCUUUUGUGUACGUGUUUCCAUUUAACAAAAUAAGUAAGAGAUGGCAUUUAUCUAACAGUGGCAUGAGGGUAGCUCAAGGGCUAGCUGCUCUAGGCAGCUGAGACUUCUUUUUGAGUUUUUAAGAAUUUUACAGAGGCCAAGAUGUGAACUUUCUUUAAAGAGAGACAGAAUUACCCUGUGCAUGUUCACC